AUGAAGUUGAUUUCUCUUGCACCAUUUUUGGUCGGGCUCGCCUACGGGAAUCCCGUCGUGUUGAAAAGAGCGAAUGGGCUCCCGACCAACUGCGUCUAUGUCAACAACAUUGCCUUUGGCGCACUUCCCAGUGAUGGAGAGCCCGGCCAAUCCCCGCAAUACUCCAUGGCUCAGCUGAACAGUGCCCUGGGUGCCAAGAUCUGCGGCUACGGCUGGUACUCGCAGGUCUCCUCCAGCAACUACGACGGAUCCCAAUUGACGGCAGUCAUGAGUGACGUUGUGAGCUCCGGUGCUGUGUUUCAGCCAGCCGUAAUGCCUACUCUACCUCUGGGUGAUUUCACGGCCUCCACGGCAUCGCAGGUCGCUUCCGUUCUGGAGAAGUUCACUAGCCAAGGUGUAGAGGUCUGGCUGCGUUUCGGGCACGAGAUGAACUACUACCUGUCUGUUGGCACUUACUCGGGCACGGCGGCUCAGUUUGUCAACGCUUGGAAACUCAUGGCAGCGGCUGUGGCGGGCAACGACAAGAUCAAGAUGUGGUGGUCGCCCAACAACGUUGGAAACAACGUGGGCUCCGUUGCUCAGUACUGGCCUGGUGCGGAGUAUGUAGACUUGGUUGGCGUAGACUGUUACCCUAGCGGUUCCAUCUCAUCGAGCACCUUUGGAAGCUGCUACCAAUCCUUUUACAGCACCUAUUCUGCCGCCUACAACAUUCCAUUCGCCAUCGGGGAGACAGGCUACUGCGGCAGCAGCGGUGCUGAUGACUGGCUGUCCGCCAUCAUGAACCCCCCAAGUGGUUAUCCCAACUAUAUUGCUGCGUCCUGGUUUGAGUACUCCAAGGAAUGCGACUUUCGUAUCAUCGAGAGCGGCAACCUGGCAGAGACACAGCAGAUCCUUCUCCAUGGCGCCACCAGCUCCGGUGGCGGUGGCAGCGGUACUGGCAGCGGCUACCCUGCCGACACUUGCACUUGGGGGUAA